CACACACAGCUUUUCAUUUACAAGAUUGUUUUAACUUAGAAUCAGGAUUCUGAUCCACACCUGACCCGAUUGGUAUAAAACAAAACUGGGAAGCAAUAGCUUAUGCUGAAGCUCCCGUUUCUGGUGGUUAGGCCUACUUCUCCAAUUUCCUCACCUCAAACCUCUGUAUUUCGAGUUCGUAUAUCUACUCAAAAGGGCACUGGAUGGCAGUCAUUCCUUGUGGAACUACGCUGGUUGCGCUGUGGGGUGUUCUGCCUCAGUUUGUAUUCGGAUCCUCUUCUGUAACUAGAGCAUCUGCACCUACUCAUUGUUUGUCCAAAAGAUCCGCAUUUCUAAGUUCAACAAUUUUAUAUCAGAAAUCCUUGGGUGAACAUUUUGGUUUAGCAUCAUCCGCCAAACAAUGCCAGAGAAGAGGUGCCCGCCUUGUUGUUCGAGCUGAACGAGAUUACUACUCUGUCCUUGGCGUCUCUAAAAAUGCAGACAAGUCUGAGAUCAAAAGUGCAUAUCGAAAGCUUGCUCGUAACUAUCAUCCAGACGUGAACAAAGAACCUGGAGCAGAAGAAAAGUUUAAGGAGAUUAGUAAGGCUUACGAGGUUUUAUCAGAUGAUGAGAAACGUUCCAUAUAUGACAAGUAUGGUGAGGCCGGGCUUAAAGGUGCCGGCAUGGGUAUGGGGGAUUUUAACAACCCAUUUGAUAUAUUCGAGUCAUUAUUUGAAGGCAUGGGUGGCAUGGGUGGUAUGGGUAUGGGAGGAAGGGGAUCCCGCAGCCGAGCCACCGAAGGUGAAGACCAGGUCUACAAUUUGACCCUCAACUUCAAAGAUGCAGUGUUUGGCAUCGAGAAGGAUAUUGAAAUAACUCGUCUUGAGAGCUGCAGCACCUGUGAUGGUUCGGGGGCGAAACCGGGAACAAGUUCGACCAAAUGCAGCACAUGCGGAGGUCAAGGGCAUGUCGUAGCAUCCACGAGGACACCACUAGGUGUCUUUCAACAGGUCAUGACUUGUUCGACUUGUGGUGGAGAGGGAGAGAUAUCAACUCCCUGCAACACGUGUGGGGGCGAAGGCCGAGUAAGAAAGUCAAAGCGUAUCAGCUUGAAAGUCCCAGCCGGGGUGGAUUCUGGAAGCCGUUUGAGGGUGCGUAAUGAGGGGAAUGCCGGACGCAAAGGGGGUCCUCCUGGAGAUCUUUUCGUCACCAUUGAUGUCCUCCCCGAUCCCGUCCUGAGAAGGGACGACACCAAUAUUCUUUAUAUGUGCAAGGUUUCUUAUACAGAUGCAAUCUUAGGAACGACGACCAAGGUACCAACGGUUGAUGGAAUGGUCGACCUCAAAAUUCCGUCAGGCACGCAACCAGGGACGACCUUAGUCAUGGCAAAGAAAGGCGUGCCUCUUCUUAACAAGAGGAACAUGAGGGGAGACCAGCUAGUCAAAGUGCAAGUCGAGAUCCCGAAACGUUUGAGUGGCAACGAAAGGAAGCUCAUUGAACAACUGGCUAGCCUAAAGAAGGAGAAGGCUCCCAGCGUGAGGUAACUGUUUUUGCGAUAUGUCAUUACUUUAGGCUUGAGUAAUAGAUGUUGUAUUUGUAGGAUUAUAGCCUUUUAUAACCCACAUUUCUACCUCAGAGAGUCUACAUGAGAGCUAAAGGAUGCUUGAAAUUUUGGUGCAUAUGUUUUUUUUGAUCAAAUAGCAAUCAACAUAUAUAUAAUACUAUAUUUUGAAUUUGGAUUUGAA